AUGUUGGCUACUAAAAAAGGAAUUGAUGUGGCUACAAUUGAGCAAUUGCCUCGCGGGAUGGCACUUCAUGCUGCUCGCACUCCCAUCCUUAAAGAAAAAUUAAUUGUGACAUCAUUCCCAAAGCAACAGACAAGCACUAGAUCGUCGAUAUCAAUUAAUGUCACCCUCAACAAAAGUUCCAGCAACGGUUUCAUAUCUACUGAACCCAUUGCCUCCUCGACCAAUCGAGCGUUAAAUGGUACAGAUUUGGCAAGACGGGCUGCUCGUCGCAUCAAUGUUCAAAAGAAAUUGGAGCAAGAGCGGCACGACGAAGAGGAGCGUGCUCGUGUAGCAAAACAGGAACUAGAAGAGUACCGAAAGAAUCAUGCAGCGCACGCCAAACAACGUCGUCGUGCCGAAAUUUACGCGCUCAACGCACUUUUGCGGCAGCUGCAACAGGACAAAAUCAUGCAGUAUUUAACUGCACAGAAACAACUUCUUGAAGCUGGUAACGAUCCGGGAUUGGCUUGCAUGGCCGCGACUCAGGUCCAAACUAUUGGUGUGUAG